AUGCCUUGGCUCCCAACCUCUGCCCCUCCCACUAUGUUUGUGCUUCUCCUCCUAAGUAUGCUGACAGCCCUGCAUGGUGGGGGCCACCCUUUGGACACCCCACACCUUCCAGGGGAGCUGCCUGCGGGACUCUCAAAAAAUAUCAAUAUCACAUCCUUCCCUGGGGUGUUUAAAAAUGUGGAAAGUGUGGCUGCCAUUUUUGACUGCCUGGGCUCCCACUUCACCUGGCUGCAGGCUGUCUUCACCAACUUCCCCGCCCUGCUCCAGUUUGUGAGUGAUCUGAAGUGUGUGACUGGUUUCUGCCCCCGGGACUUCGAGGACUAUGGCUGUGCCUGCAGGUUUGAGAUGGAGGGGCUGCCCGUGGAUGGGUCUGACAGCUGCUGCUUCCAGCACCGCAGGUGCUAUGAAGAGGCCGCUGAGAUGGACUGUCUCCAAGACCCUGCCAAGCUCAGCACAGAUGUCAACUGCGUCAGCAAGACGAUCACAUGUGAGUCUGGGGACCCUUGUGAGCACCUGCUGUGUGCCUGCAACAAGGCUGCCAUAGAAUGCUUGGCUCAGUCCCGGAUCAACUCUUCCCUGAACCAUCUGGACACUUCCUUCUGUGUGGCUCAGCCUCCAGAGACAACCAGCACAGAAGAGCUGACGACACCUCUCCCCAGAGUGGUUCCUGUGGAGCUCACAGACACCAGUGCAAAGGCCCUUUCAGGAGAAGAAGUGGGCCAAGACCAGGAAGGCACGGAAGCCACUAGGACCACAUCCCCUCCAGGAUCUGCAGAGAUUGCUGCCUCAACAAAAGGAGUAACCAUGGUCCCGGCCGGUUUGAAGUCUUUGGGCUUAGCUGCGUCAUCCACCAAAAGUGGCCUAGAGGAGACAACUGGAAAAGCCUGUGACAGGUUCACCUUCCUGCACCUGGGAAGUAGGGACAACACACGGGUGAUGCCUCAGCUUGGAGAGAUGCUCUUUUGUCUGACAUCCCGGUGCCCAGAAGAAUUUGAAUCUUAUGGGUGUUACUGUGGGCAAGAAGGACGAGGCGAGCCAAGGGAUACCCUGGACAGGUGCUGUUUUUCCCAUCACUGCUGUGUGGAGCAGGUGAGGCGGCUGGGCUGCCUGCUCGGGAGGCUUCCUCGGUCACCAGUGCUGUGCGUGGACGGUACAGCCACGUGUGUGGGGCAGAGCCUGUGUGCAAAACUGCUUUGUGCCUGUGACCAGACGGCGGCCGAAUGCAUGGCCUCUGCCUCCUUUAACCAAAGCCUGAAGUCACUGGGCGCACAAGAGUGCCAGGGGCCCCAGCUGUCCUGCGAGGAUGGCAUGCCUGGGGCGCCUGCGGCUUCCUCCCUUGGUUCCAGCUCCGAGGAGAACAGCGAGGAGGCCACGCCCCGCACAGAGGGCCUGAGAAGAACCAGAAGAUUUCUGGGAAAAUCACUUGGUCCUGUGGGGACCAGGCGACAAGGCCCCAGAGAGAUCCCUGGAGAAAGUAACAAGCGCCCCCCACAGUAGGUUCCUCCCAUUACUGUCCCCUCUUUGCACCUCUGUCUCUGUCCUCCCGUCCUCAGCAGGGGCUCAAGGGUUGAAGAGCCGGCGCGCCCUGUGCAUUGUGACACUUGUGAGCUC